AUGACGUUGCAAUGUCCGAUCUGUUCGGCUCUCCACUGGGAGUUCGAAAAAUCACCGACCCCAGGCAGCGCCACACCGUUCAAAAUCUGUUGCGCGGACGGCAAAGUUCGAUUGCCCGGAAUCGAAGAACCUCCCCCCGAGCUGCUCGCGCUUCUGACUGGCGAUGGCCCAGGUUAGUACACGUCGAUUCGUUUAACCUGCUAGAUUAAGUACAUCCGACUAACGGCCUUGCUGACUAUCCGUGAAACAGUUAAGAAGAUUUUUCGGGACCGCAUUCUUGCUUUCAAUGAAAGCUUUGCUAUGGCAUCAUUCGGCACGAGCAAAGGCCAUGGCAUCAUCAGCGGCUCCGGACCACCAUCUUUCUACCUGAGCGGAAUGGCGUUUCACCGUAUCGGCACCCUAGCUCCAGCCCCAGCAGACGACCCCGUCUUUGCCCAGAUUCUAUUCCUGGCUCCGACGGAACGGAUUGAAGCCCGACGAAGAUUCAACGGACCGCCUGAAGAAGUUCGACGUCUGGACUCGGCGUAUCAACAGAUUGUUCCUCUGCUCGACGGCAUGCUACAACAACACAACAGCCGCGUCAAACUGUUCUUGACAGCACAAGAGUUCAUGGGCAGUGAUGCUUCUCACAUGUACCAGCUGCGUCUACUUGCACCGCGCAAUCGAGAUCCGAGAACCUACAAUUUGCCGACGCAAGAGGAGGUAGCCGUCAUUCUACCCGGAGACGAGACCGAGUACCGAUCUUCAAGAAGAGAGAUCGUCGUUCGGUUACGUCACCCGCCAAACAAUGACAGUCGCGGAAUUCAAUUCAUCCCCGAUGGUCACCCUGGACUCAUGGCACUCACGUACCCGCUAUUGUUACCGUACGGCGAAGACUGGUACCACGACAGAAUUCCGCUCAGCCAAAACGCUAUCGCAACAGAAGCAGCUCGGCGCGUGCGAGAUGAAAACGGCGUCUUGCAACGCACAACGGAUAACGCCAACGCCAACCCACAAACCGGAAGGGCCGGAUCCAAACGUGUGACGCAGAGCCAAUUCAACGCGUUUUACUUCCAUAUUCGUCCUCAGAAUAUAAGUUACCCGACGUUGUUCCUUGGGGGCCGGUUGUUCCAGAAAUUUGUCGCGGACGCCUGGGCAUUAACUGAACAAGAACGACUAUAUUGGAUGAGAGCGAAUCAGCAAAAGCUCCGAGCCGAAGAGUAUUCGUCCCUUCAAGCAAGCCUGGCUGAAGGACUCGAUCCCGCGCAGAUUGGCAAAAGAGUCAUUCUACCGUCGUCACACACCGGAUCGCCACGCCAAAUGGUCCAACUUUACCAAAAUGCUAUGGCCAUCGUUCGUGUUUUUGGUGCUCCGGACCUAUUCAUCACAAUGACAUGCAACCCUGCCUGGUCGGAAAUCGUCAACGCAUUGCUUCCUGGCCAAACCGCAUCCGACCGUCCCGACAUAGUGGCACGGGUCUUUUACGGCAAAUUGAAAGCUCUUCUUGCGGAUGUACUAGGCGUUGGUCGUGCGCCGGGAGUCUUUGGAAAGGUAUGUCAAUCGACGCGGUCAAUACAAAAUGGAUAGGAUGCUCACAAGUCUCAAUUCUUUGCGCAGGUCAUCGCAUAUGUCUAUGUUGUCGAAUUUCAAAAGCGCGGGCUGCCUCACGCCCAUAUCCUUUUGAUUCAAAGUGGGAUGUCCCGUCAUGCUCCUCAGAAACUUGGACUCCGCCGCGGGGCUGUGCAACGGCACAAGGCUGUUGUUAACUCGGUUACACACCCGCGUGCUCGAGGCCAUCAUUCUCACAGGAGAUCAUGCUGGACAACCCGUUUUGUUGCCACGGAUCACGCUGAAGACAGGGUCAUCGGCUGAGCUUCCGUUCACUCUGCAUCGGACGCAGUUUCCGAUUCGGCUCGCAAUGGCUAUGACGAUCAACAAGUCGCAAGGCCAGUCACUCGCGCAAGUAGGAGUGUGUCUAGAGACGCCCGUCUUUUCUCACGGCCAGUUGUACGUCGCGUUGUCCCGAGCAACGAAUGUGGACGGUGUCAGAGUUUUGCUUCAUCAGACAGAGAAUGGAGAAGCGGACAAUGUAACAGAAAACAUCGUUUUUAGAAUGGUUUUUGAGUUGAUGAAAUGA